UUUACGGCCGAUAUAGUUGUCAAGUUCCUGGAGGAGUAUCUUUUUCACACUUUUGGCGUCCCCGAGGUUGUUGUUUCCGACAACGGAACCCAAUUUAAGGCGAAUAAUUUCAAUAAACUUCUGCAACAUUAUGGCAUUUCUCAUGUUUAUACUGCGGUUCACUCUCCCCAGGCAAAUGCGUCUGAGAGAGUGAACAGAUCAGUUAUUUCUGCGAUAAAGGCGUAUGUAAAUCCUAACCAGAAGGAUUGGGAUGAGAAUCUGAGUCGAAUUGCAUGUGCACUUAGGUCUACAGUUCACUCCUCCGUUGGUACUUCCCCUUAUUUCAUGGCAUUCGGUCAGCAUAUGGUGACCAAUGGUGCUUCUUAUAAAUUAUUAAGAAACUUGGGCAUGUUAGAUGAUAGGGCUGUCAAUUUCAAUCGUUCGGACUCAUUUGAUAUUAUUCGUGCUAAGGCUUCGGAUUUCAUGAGGAAGCAGUUUGAGCGCAAUGAAAGGGCAUAUAACCUUCGGUCCAGACAGGUUUCCUACGAAGUUGGUCAAGAGGUUUUCCGGAGAAAUUUUCGCCAAAGCAACUUUGAGCAGGGUUACAAUGCCAAGUUGGCUCCAACUUUUGUUAAAGCCCGGAUACGUAGGAAACUGGGCAAUUACUAUUACGAACUUGAGGAUCUACAAGGACGAUCCCUUGGUAAUUAUCAUGCGAAGGAUAUAAGGCAAUGAACAUCCACAAGCGUGAUCAGCUUUCGAGUUUUUUUUCCUCCCCGAAACCUGAUUUUGGCGGGGGGGUAAAUGUAGUGGCGCUUGUGGCUGUGUUGGUUUAAAUCUUUCUUUUCUUUUUUGUUCCUUUUCCGGUUUGUGGCCAGACUGAUUGUGUUAUGGUGUUGGUGGCUUGGUUUGGCAAAUAGCUCCCUAGAUUAUACCUGUGAUUUCGCACAUUACAUUUAAUCGCUGUUAUAUCUAUGCUAUGCCAUUGAGUCUUUAUGCCCUAGGCAAUGAUGUUAUCUCCUUUUCUCCGCGACAUAUUGAGUUUGUUUUGCAUUGGUAUAUGUCGGGCCAUUUCUUUUUUGUUGUAAACUUUGCUAAGAGCUUGGGAAAUUCUGAUGCUUUGGCGAGAGUAGAAAAGGGCCUGGCCGAGAAGCCAUCUUCCUCAUUUUUGGCAAGCUUUCCCAGAGUGAACAAGUGUACAUAAAGCUACGAUCGUUGUUUGUUGAGUCAAUUUUUAAUAAAACCGCUGUGAAUUUUUUUAUUGAAACGUCAUCCGUUUUUUUUUAUGAAAACCGCUCAGUUUUCGGAACUUCUUUAAUUAUCCAUUGUGAGUUUUUCUUAUUUUUCGGGUGUCGGUAGGUCGGCAUAAAGUGAUUUGCUUUCAUUUAUUUCGAAUUUUCUUUUUUUUCUGUUUUAAGGUUGGAAUUUUAUUCUAACUUAUGUUAAAUUUUCCAAUAAGGGUGUUUGGAUAAAUUUUUGAGCCAAACUACCAUUGAAUCAUAAUUUAUUUCCGGUCAUUUAAAUUAUUGAUUUGCCGCAUAUGAAACCCGCAUUAGCCAUUUCCCGAUUAAAAACCUACAAAGGUAAAUAAAGUUUUGUUUUUUUUUUGCUUUGCUCCAAUUCUAAUAAGAGGUCGUGUGUUUCCCUCAGGUUUCUAACUCUCUUUGGUCGAUUUGGUUUCUCUUUUGAGGCGAACGAAGUCCCUGGCUUGACUUGGAGUACCAUUGCAUCCCAAUUACACGGAACCCAUCAGUCUGUUACUCAGCGUCGUGAAAUUAACUCGUUCCUACUCCCCGCGUUGUGUCCGUGGUCAGGGGAGUGGAGAGGAAGUAUUCGGGGACUGCGGCGAAGCCCUGACCGCCUUUGUGUGCUAUAUAACCCCAAACAAAAAAAAAUAGUGUGUUCCUGCUCAUAUUCGCAGCCUUAAAAGUGACCUAUUUUAUAGUGCGAAUUAGAAAAAAAAGAUCGUUGCUUUGAUAGCCUGAAAACUCUGAUUAUAAAUAAACAAAUGCAGUGGCGCCGAUGUAUUUUUAUAAUUAUUUCGUCCUUCAUAUAUUGCGAAUUUAUCGGCGACUUUGUCAAAAUAGCACCAUGCCAUUGGCCUUUGUUGGAUGAAGCGGAAGACCUCCAUGCUAUGAUAAUUGCGGAUACCCAUCUUCUUGGUCCACUAAAAGGACACUGGCUUGAUAAACUGUAUCGAGAGUGGCACAUGAGACGAGCUUUUCAAGCCGCUAUCCUUCUACACAAGCCAGACGUAAUUUUUGUGCUCGGAGAUCUUUUCGAUGAAGGUGAUAUGGUCGACCAUGUAGAAUUCAGUGAAUAUGUGCGAAGGUUUAAUAGUCACUUUCAUGCAUCUGUCCCGGUGAUAAGUGCCGUGGGCAACCAUGAUGUUGGAUUUCAUUAUAAAAUGCACCCCUAUUUUAUAGAUAGGUUUAGAGAGCAGUUCAACAACACCGGAGUGGAAAUGUAUACUAUACACGAUAAUCAUUUUAUACUAAUAAAUUCCAUGGCCAUGGAGAAUGAUGCUUGUGUUUUCUGUGCUAACGCAGUAAAAGAGCUACAGAAUGUCGCAGGCAAACUAAACUGCCUUAAAAGACCUGAAGCAUGCGAAGAUUUACACACUCUACAAAAGCAUAAAAAAUAUAGUCGUCCAAUAAUAUUACAACAUUUUCCAACAUAUCGCAAUUCGGAUGUCUCAUGUAGAGAGCAUGACUCUCCAAUCAUUGAGGAAUACAGAGAAAAAUGGGAAGUACUCUCUAAGAAUUCCACAGACUGGUUAGGUAAAAUUUUACAUCCACGUUUAGCUUUUGCUGGACAUUCCCAUAAUUACUGCUUCUCCAUUAAUCGUUGGGGAAUUGAAGAGUAUACUGUCGCCUCGUUCAGUUGGCGAAAUAAAAUAAAUCCCAGCUUUCUGAUGGUUUCUCUAAAGCCGGAAUCGCAUAAAGUAUACAAGUGCCAAAUGCUGGAACAGCAAACAGUCUAUACUCUGUAUGCUAUCACUUCUAUUUUAUGUGCAUUUUUAAUUGCUUGGGGUUUGUUGAAAUGGAUAUAUAGCUUAUUUGGCAAGUCCAAGGGUGAUAUUAAAAUUCAGUAAAUAUUUCAAAUGACAAGGUGUAGACUUUACAAUGGCACAAAAUGUCAGUGAAAGGUUCCCGUAGGUUCAUUUGUCGACAAUGCGUUAUUUUGGCAGUCAAAACCACAGAUAAUAUAUACUUUUUAAUAAUUUAGUUCAUUUAUUUAUUUCUAUUAUAAUUCCUUUUAAAUUACUAUCAACGUGUUGGCCAGAGGGACGUUAGUUGAUUAAUUAAAUAAAUAGAUAAAAUUUAUUCGAAAUACUUUAUUGAACUUAAAAUUGAACUUUUGUAUGGGUUUGUAAUAAUGAAUUUAAAUCCUAUCCUCAUUACAUAUGUGAACAAUUUUAUAUUUCAUAAAGUUAUUUAUCCCAAAAGGGAGAGAGUCAGCUAAUUUGUUCAUGAACCAAUAAAUAUCAGCACUACGGGGCGACUCCUCAACCUGUGGACGCGCCCAGUAGCUUUCAGCUAAGCUUCUCGUGAUAACGAUGUACACCACACAGAUCGGAGCUAAAAAGGUCGAGCCCGUGUGGAGCCCAUGGUUAUCCAGUGCCAGUGGAUAGUGGAAUGCUCCAUACGGAGUAAUUUUAAUUGCAAUAGCGGACAGUCUCAGUGAGAGUCCGGUGACAACUCACAGUGUCGCUAGAUCAUAGAAAAGUUGGCCAAAAAUAGAACUAUUUAACGUAGGUAGAUGAAACUUAGGCAAAAUUUUUUUUAUUAUUAUAGAAGACUCAGGAUCAAAAAUGGACCAUAUAGGUCCACAUUUUAGAAUAAGUCCCUUUUAGACCGAUCUUCAAUUAUCACUUCCCGCACCACAAAAGACUCAUUUUCUAUCCGAUUUCUCUUCCCUCAAAUUUGAAAAAGAACUUGUUUUGGGCCUCUCCCCAAACAAGCCAAAUAUUGGUCAAAUCGGAUAGUCUUUCUAUAUAGUCAUAUAGCCGAUCUCCCGAUUAAUGGUUACGGCCUAUAAGGACCUAUUUUUUAGCUUAAAUUUAGAUCAGCGAGUUAUAUUACACCUCUCAAAGCCCGUACCGAAUAUGAUCUAAAUCAGUCCAUAUUUGGAUAUAGCUACCCUGUAGACCGAUUUUUGGUUCUCGACAUGAUAAAAACAAGUAAAAGCGUGCUAAGUUCAGCCGGGCCGAAUCUUAUAUACCCUCGACGAUGGAUCGCAUAUGUCGAGUUCUUUUCCCUGUGUCCCUUUUUAGGCAAACAUAUGAUAAAAGAAAAGAAUUGCUAUAAUAUUGGAUAUGAUAAUGGUCCGAUUCGACAAAAUUUCAGUCAAAUCGGAUAAAAAUUGCGGAUCUAGACCCCAGAUCGGUUUAUAUGACAGCUGUAUCAGGUUAUAGACCGAUUUCCACCAUACUUAGCACAGUUGUUGAAAAUCAUAAAAAACACCUCAUGCAUAAUUUCAGGCAAAUCGGAUAAAAAUUGCGCCCUGUAGUGGCUCAAGAUCCAAUAUCGGUUGAUAUGGCAGCUAUAUCAAAACAUCAUUUACAAUCCCAACCGACCUACAUAUAUAAUAAGUAUUUGCGCAAAAUUUCAAGCGGCUAGCUUUACUCCUUCGAAAGUUAGUGUGCUUUCGACAGGUAG